AUGGAUGUGUUUGGUGGUGCACCACGUUUCUUAGCCUAUCCAAGACCUGUAGUGGUACAAAGUGGGACUGAUGCAGUCCUAAAGUGUCAAAUUGGUGGUGAUCCAAGGCCUGCUGUUAUCUGGGAGCGAAACAAUGAAAAGAUUGACCCACAAGGACGAUAUCGGGUCUUUGAGGAUGGCAAUGUUUACAAUCUCAUCAUCACAGCCGUUACCACUGAGGAUGGUGGACAGUACAUAUGCAAAGCAAAGAAUAGCAUCGGGGAAACCUAUGCAGCUGCCACACUGAAGGUGGAAGGUGAAGCACAAGAGAUGGAGCUGCGGGAGGAAAACAAGCCACGAUUCCUCAUCAAGCCCCUCUCCACUCGUGUUGGUCGUGGGGAAGAUGCUGUCUUCUCUUGUAAGCUUUGGGGAAACCCGAAGCCAGAGGUUAUCUGGGAAAAAGAUGGUAGAAGACUCAAUGAAAUAUUUGAAAGCACACAUUUCAGUGUGGGCUACCAGGAUGGUGGAUGGUUCCAGCUCAAGAUCUUUAAGACCCGUGCUCCUGAUGGUGGUGUAUAUACAUGCAAGGCUAGAAAUGAGUUUGGGGAAGCACUAGCAGGAGCUGUGCUGCUUGUUGAUGCAGGUCCAGGACAUGAAGAAGAAGGAAAUCGUAAUGGCUAUAUAAAUGGCCACUGGAAAGUCCAUCAGGGAAAACAAAGGAGUGGUAGGCAAGUGCCAAACCGCCUAAAAGACGACAGCAUGACCAAGUCAACAAAAGUAAAAAUGUUUGCUGUGACAGAGGGCAAACAUGCCAAAUUCCGCUGCUUUGUGACUGGUAAACCCAAACCAGAAAUAAUUUGGAGGAAGGAUGGCAGACUGAUACUGUCUGGAAGGCGUUACUUGUUGUAUGAGGACAGAGAAGGCUACUUCACACUUAAAGUUCUGUAUUGUAAGCAAAAGGAUAAUGGAGUUUAUGUCUGUGCUGCAUCAAAUACUGCUGGGCAAACCCUUAGUGCUGUACACCUCUCUGUCAAGGAGCCGCCCGUGCGGUUCAAGCAGCCUCUCAUUGAUCUUGAAGUAUGGGAACGAGAUUUGGCUAUUCUUGAGUGUGAAGUUCCAGAGGACUCUGUUCCCAUCACAUGGUAUCUGGAGGAUAGACGACUACAACCAGGGGCCAAAUAUGGAAUGGAGGAGUGGGGAACGAAACGACGACUAACAAUCCGUGACAUUGGAGUCGAUGACGAUGGGAUUUACCUCUGCGAGAUGCCUGAUGGUGGCAGAAGCAUUGCAGAGGUAGCUGUAAAAGGUACAAUUUUGCGGAAGCUUCCGAGAAAAGUGGAUGUCUUGGAAGGUGAAAAUGCUGCCUUCUGUGUUGAAGUAGAAAAAGAAGAGAUGGAUAUACAUUGGUACAAAGAUGGCGUAGAGCUGCGUGAAACCCAUCAGACCAUUAUUAAAUCCUUUGGUCGAACUCACAUUCUGGUUUUCGUCAAUACAAUGCCCCAAGACUCUGGCCUUGUGAUUUUCCUCGUUGGCAGAUCCAAGACUUCCUCUCAGCUACGAGUGAAAUCGGCCAGACAUUGUCCUCCUAGCUGUCCAGUGGCUGUGCAGAUCAACACAGAGCGUGCUAAUGCAGCUCUUCUCUCCUGGGUUCCUGCUCAGGACUCACGAAAGAAUCCUCCAUCUGGAUACGUGCUUGAGCGACAAGAGGUGGGCACUGGUUCACAAGAAUGGCUACAGUGUCUGACCACUGAUUCUGCGACCUCCGUGGAGAUCCUCGGUGACAGUGUCCCAUGUGAAGCAGAUUACCGUUUUCGCAUUUGCAGCGUCAACAAAUAUGGGAAAAGCAAUAAUGUUGAAUUCCCUAAAACUGUUCACUUAGUUCCUGUGGCCAGAAUACAAGCUCCCUUACAGGAUGCCUUGGUGCCAGAGGGACAAGAUGCCCUCUUCUCUAUUGAGCUUUCUGCUUCAGUUAUCGGUACGUGGUUUUUAAAUGGGACUCAGCUUCAGGAGGAAGAACGGUAUUCCAUGCGUCGGUCACGAACACACCAAUCUCUUCGCAUUCGAGGAGUACGUGAUAGAGAUAAUGGAGCUGAGAUUACCUUCAUUGCCUAUGGCAUCCGUGAUUCUGCAGCACUCUACAUUCAAGCUCCUCUUGUCAAGUUUUCCCCGUUGUCAGAGAUGGAUCGAAACAAAUUUGUAGAAAUUGGGAAUCCCAUUGUGCUCUACUGUGAGGUUUCAGACCCUGCAGCUCUGGUGCACUGGUACAAGAAUGGAGUGGAAUUAAAAUCUAUGGAAGGUCUUCAUAUCCAAUCAGAGGGCACCAUGAGACGAAUUGUCAUCCAGUCAGCAGAGUUGUCACAUUCAGGAGUGUACUGCUGUGAUGCCAUUGAUGAUGUCAUCAGGUUCAAUGUAGAAGUAGAGGCACCACCGGUAACAUUUGCUGAUGUCCCGGAGAAGGACCAUUUCCAGAGUGCUGUGGAACACGAACAGCUUGUUCUGUCAUGUGAAGUAUCCAGGGCUGAUGGUGUUGUGAAGUGGUACAAGGACGGAACUGAAAUACAACCAGGCAAUAAUGUUUCAAUCCAAGCAGAGGACACCAAAAGAAAACUUACUAUACAUUCAGCCCGGCUGUCUGACACAGGCACAUACACAUGUCGUGCUGGAGACAACGUUGUAAUCUUCAAGGUUAAUAUACGAGAACCUCCUGUGAUGAUAAUCUAUCCCAAGGAGGAUGUCCACCUUGAUCGUCAUGUCCCCGAGGAAAUUAUUCUGAGCUGCGAACUGUCUCGUCCCAAUGGUGUGGUCAGCUGGUACAAAGAUGGCCAAAAGCUUCAAGAGAGUGAGAACAUCAAGCUUAAAUUAGAAGGGCCUUAUCGACGACUUAAGAUUGUCUCUAGUGGAGUUGAAGAUUCUGGAGAGUACGUCUGUGAUACAGCUGACGAUUCAAUAUUCUUUCACCUAAAUAUCACAGAACCUCCUGUGAAAAUUGUAUCCCCGAGCCAGUCAGAAAUGGAACUGUGUCAACAGACCUCUGAGAGGAUGGUACUAAGCUGUGAGCUCUCACGGCCCAAUGCAAUGGUGCGCUGGUACCGUGAUGGACUCGAGGUGGAGGAGAAUGACAAUCUCAUUCUAGAGGUGGAUGGUGUCUACAGAAGACUUAUUAUACCUGAAACCACCGUCAAAGAUUCUGCAGAAUAUGUAUGUGACACAGCAGAUGACUCCAAGACAUUCUUUGUAAACAUAGCAGAGCCUCCUGUUCGCUUCAUACGUCCACGGAAGAUGGCGAGUAGAGUAGAGAAACUGGCUGGGGAGAUUCUAGUUCUAGAGUGUGAGGUUUCAAGAUCAAACGCUGAAGUCACUUGGAAGAAGACUGGAGAAGAAGUUGAAGAUUCAAGAAACAUCACAAUCCUUGAAGACGGUGUCAUCCGUCAGUUAACCAUUCACUCUCUGGCAGUGGAAGAUGCUGGGCAAUAUAUCUGCGAUGCAAAGGACGAUGUAAUGGAUUUCACUGUGAUAGUGCAAGAGUUACCAGUCAAAAUUCUUGGAAAAACAAAUGCAAAAACAGAAAAACAGUUCUUAGUAUCAGAUGACAUUAUUCUUGUAUGUGAACUCUCAAGAGCUAAUGCCUCAGUCAGUUGGUACAAAGAUAAUAAUCUAAUUGAUGACAACGAGCGAUACUGCAUCGAAGAGCAAGGUGUUUUCCGAUCUCUGGUUGUCCUAAAUGCUGGGCUUGAAGAUUCAGGGGAGUAUACCUGUGAUGCUGUCGGUGAUAAAAUGGUCUUCUAUAUCACUGUCAAAGAGCCUCCUGUGCAGAUCAUUGGAAACUCUGGCCACCCAGAGCAUCACAUACUAGCUGCAGGAGAUGACCUUAUUUUGGAGUGUGAAGUGUCUCAGCCAAACGCCACAGUUGAGUGGUUAUGGAAUGGCAAGAUACUGAAACCAGACACUCGUGUAAAAAUUGACAGCUAUGACGUUGUGAGGAAGCUUGUUCUCUCUGGACUUCAGCCCUCGGACUCUGGAGAAUACAUUUGUGAUGCCCUCGAUGACAAAUUGAUAACAAUUGUUGAGGUCCAAGCCCCCCGUAUUAUUGAGUUCAUAGCGGAGCUUCGUAAUGUCACCGUCUGUGAAGCAGAAGACGCCAUUUUUAAGUGUGUAGUUUCACCAGAGCACACCAAAGUGGUGUGGCGUUUGAAUGGCAAGCAAGUACCCUUGAAUGAGCGGACUGUCGUUUCCAGCAAUGGACUAUGCCAUAUGCUCUGCAUCAACAACUGCAUGGUUUCAGAUAGCGGCAGAGUGACAGCUGAUGCAGAGGGCUUGAUUUCAGAGGCAGAACUCCAGGUUCAAGAGCAACAGGUGCUGUUCACCAAGAAAAUGACACCAGUUGUAGCUGAAGAAUACAGUGAAGCAACUCUAGAAGUGGAGGUGAGUGUGGAUUCGGGAGAGGUGCAAUGGAUGAGGCAAGGGGUGCUAAUCCACCCUGGGGCCAAGUAUACCCUGAAACACAAGGGCCGCAAACACAGUCUCACCCUGCACAAACUGUCCGUGUCUGACCGGGGCACCUACAGCUGCGAAACCCUCCAUGACCGCACACAAGCCCAGCUCACAGUGGAACCUCGAAAAAUCAAAAUCAAGAGGGGACUGACCGACAUUAAAACCACGGAGAGGGAAACAGCUUCUUUUGAGGUGGAGGUGUCCCAUCCCAAUGUCCCGGGCACAUGGAUGAGAAACGGAAUCAAGCUUAAGCCGACUAAUCACUUCCGUAUGAGUGCCAAAGGACAAGUCCACAGCCUUACUAUCUCUAACCUAUCAGUGGAAGACACUGCCACCUUUGUGUUCUGUAUAGAGACUCUGAAGACCUCUGCGAGGCUUGUUGUAAAAGAGCCCCUGGUGACCAUUUUAAGAAAACUGGAGAACCAGAGGUUCCCUGAAGGGGCAGUGAUCUCCAUCGAGUGUGAGCUGUCAAGACACAACGUGGAUGUGAAAUGGAUGAAGGAUGGGGCUGAGGUGAAGCCCAGCAAGGACUUGCGCAUUUAUGCAAUGGGAAGGAAGCGGUUUCUCCAGAUCAUGAAAGGCCAUGUCAGUGAUUCUGCCAUGUAUACCUGUGAUGCAGGAGAUGCAGCUACAUCCUGCACUGUGGAAGUCUACGAGCGUGAACUGGUGAUCCUGCAGGGUCUGGAGGACCUGGACGUCCAAGAAGAUCAAAACGCUGUGUUUGUUUGUGAGAUCUCUGUGGAGGAUGUGCCUGGGGAAUGGUACAAAAAUGGGGAGCGGAUACAACCCACCAGCACCAUUAAAAUCCGCCACGAAGGGACAAAACAUUUUCUUCUCAUGUGUAAUGUGCGAGCAGAGGACUCUGGAGAGAUCAAGUUUGUUGCGAGACAUGUUGAAUCUGUUGCAUACCUGGAGGUGGAAGAGCUUCCAGUCAGCAUUGUAAAACCUCUGCAGGAUAAGACUGCCCUUGAGAAGAGCCGCGUGAUCUUAGACUGCACAGUGUCCAACCCCAGAUGUAGCAUCCGCUGGUACAAAGGCAGCAAUGUCAUCCUGCCCUCUGAACGCUUUGAGAUCUGCAGCGAAGGAUGUUAUCGCAAACUGAUCAUCCAGCAGGUGGCGCUAGAUGACGAGGGCAUAUAUAGUGUGCAGGUUGGGGAUUAUACAUGCUCUGCAAAACUGACAGUCGAGGCCCAGUCUUUGUUGGUGGUCCGAGAGCUGAAGGAUGUGGAAGUCAUGGCUCCCAAUGAAGCCUGCUUUGAAUGUGAGGUCUCAGCUCCUGUCUUCAAAUCCCCCGUGUGGAGCCUGAAUGGGGAGCCCUUGCAGCCGAGCUCUCGGGUACGCCUGGAGAAGAUGGGCACAGUGCACAGGCUGACCCUCAAGCAAACCUCUCCAGAAAUGAAUGGAGUGGUAGAGUUCACAGCUGGGAAAGCAAAGAGCAGAGCCCAGCUUGGGGUAGUGAUCAGUGAGUGAAACCCCUGCUCUGCCAUCACCUUGACGUGGAUUAAAUAUUGUACUGAUGGCACAGGUUGUCCCAUUGAAAUUGCUUAUAUAUUUACAUACAGUCUGUAAACGUGGCUCAAACAAGGCUGUGAUGAAUUGUCAUGCAGUUUGUUUAAUUGUCUCAUAAUUUUAACAAACAUGAUUUCUGUUACAUAAAAUUUGUUAGUGUGAGAGAACAGCUAAAACGGGGUUCUUUGUUGUUAUAUAAAUUGCAGUUUCAUUGUAAAUACUGUCCCGUGUGAAAGUGGUUUGACUGUAACUGGGUUAUGAAAGCUCAAGCUGAAUGUGUAUUUGUGCCAAAUAAAAUAAAAUAAAAUAAAAAAUCUGAUUAAAAUACUAUAAGAAAACAUCUGUGGUUAGAUCCUUUAAGCAUCCUUAUAGCGUUAAAGUAAUGCACCAACAACAACUCUAAAGAAAUGUAGAAUAACAAAGCUGGCACAAUGGCCAAAUAUAGAAAAAUAAAGCAAAAACUAAAAAUCUUUAAUGCAUCUGUAUUCAUAUAUAUAUCUAUAUAUUAUAUCUGUUCUUGGUAGGCCUUUUCCAGUAGAAAACUACCACACUAUGCAUUGAUGUUCAGUCCCCACAUAUUAUUACAGUAUGUUUUUGUGACUUAGUUUUACUUUUGCUUUAGAAAACAGAAAUACCAAAACUAAGUAUGACAGCAGACUGCAUAUGAAAGAUGGAUUUACUCAAUAUGAUGUCACUCAUUGGCAAAGGUGGCAAAAGUACCCACAUUUAUCACUUAGGUAGAAGUACUUGACUCAAGUAAAAGUGAAAAUGUACAGGCUCAAAUCUGAAAGUAAAAAGUAGCUCUUUGAAGGACAUUUCUGUCAGCUAUUGUGUACAAAGCUAUCAGAACCUCAUUAAUAUAAUAAUAUUGAGGAAAUAAGAACUCUAUUUCAACUUAAAUAAUGCUUCAACAUCUGUUAUGUAGAAUCUAAGCAGAGGAAGAAAAAAAAUCAGGGAAUUUAAAAUAUAUAUGCCGAUAAUGCCGAGCAUUUUUGCCAUCUCUUUUGAAAAAGGUCUGAAAAGUGAGGGGAGAGUCUGGCUGUGAAUCUGAGGGUCACUGUCUGCUCAUUGGCCAACGAGCACACUCUGUUUUACCUUCCAUUCUGGCUAUAAUUUACUAAAUUAACUUCCUGCUGUACUCAAAAUUCCUUGAAACUAUCACCUGAGCCCAAAAGGUGAUCAGAAAAGUGCUGACUUAGGUCACAGAGCACUGUCAUCACUUAGCCUUCUAUACAACCAUAACUUCUUCUGCAACCAGAGUCGCCGCCCCAGGCAGGCCAUUAAAAAUUCUUAUCAUACCCGAAAGCUGCAUCCAUCUUUUAUAUACAGUUUAUGGGUAUGACCAGUGUUGGUUUGUGUCAACUCAAUAAAUGUUUCCAUCAGUGGUUCAUUGUAAAGAACUGGGUUUUUUUUUGAGGUUUUCAUGAAAACUUUGAAUGAAGAACUUGUAGCAAAGGUCUUGUAAUGUAAAUAAAUUGGGCCAAAAAGAAAGAAAGAAAAACACUUGAUCACCUUGACUGAUGAGCCGGGCAUGCUUGAUUUACUGAACUGCUUCGCCGAGUGAGUAUUACGUUUGUCGAGUGGAGAAUGAUUGCCGUUUUCAUAUUCACAUGUUCCAUAUUCCAUUUUUCCUUUUGACUUGAGCUCUGUCAUGUUGUGUUGAGCAUGAGGUAUGUAAAGUCAAGUACU